CUAUUGUCCGACCUGCAAAUGAACCGCAAUGUGUUGCCUGUGCCUUUAAGACAAACUCUGACGUUUAUAUUUAGUCGAAUACGAUUGGCUGGCUCACUUCCGUAUGUUUCUUUCUGGGGAAGCAUGGCAGGAGAACCGUGGAACAGGGUAAACAUUGCUUUUCCCGGUGCCGUUUCUCGUGUCCGUGUACACUUCAGUUCAACUACAGGUUCAAGUGUUAAAGUCCUGCUGGUGGAGAAUGACAUGGUGCUUAAGCUUCUUCGGAGUGAGUUGCUUCAAACGGAGGUACGAGUUCUCUACGAGCUGCUGUACAUCCUAAACAACAGCUCCAGAGGCAACAAGACGUUCAAAGGCUUAAAGCAGGUUGAACAAUGCAUAAACAGGCUGAAGAGCAUGAAGCUUGAUGUUGCUCUGCAGGACCUGACAGAGUUGUGUCCCAACAGAUUUCAAAGAGAACUGAGCAUCAAGGCCGGGGAGUGUGACGUCCCCAGUCAGCCCAUGCUGGAGUGGCUCUGUCUCAAAGUGCUGGGAGCCGGCCAGCUGAUGAGCUGCACAUUGAAUCGCUGCAGCAGAGCUUUCAUACUCUCAAAGCAGCAGAUGAAAUGGGAGGAGUUUGUUAUCUUGAAUAUGGUGAUAACCAGCAUGCUCAGUCGUCUCUGGGUGAUAUCCCGCGGUAUCCUGGUCAGCCUGUCCACUCUGUAUCAGCAGCUCCUGGAGCUCCUCAGAGAAGUGGCCAACGCCCAGCCCAUGCCCUUCCUCAAAGACUUCUCCCUGCCAGCAGAUAUGGCUCAGUUCCUGGGUCCUUCUGAUGCAUUUCUACUGACCAAAAAGCCAGCACAUGGCCAGAAGCAGCAGAGGAGGAAGGAAUCUUCUGCUAAAGUCAAGAACCAGGGAGAGAAGAGGAAAGUCAAAGAAGAUAUGGGUGUUUCUAUUGAAAGAGGUAUCGGUCUUGACACUGACAUGAAGCCUUUUCUCAAGGUUUUCAGGGACUUUAUUAAAUCCUUCCCACAGAAAACACACCAGGUUGACAAGAGACAAAAGUUCAAGAGACGAGUGAGAGAGGCUACAAGCUUCACAGACAUGGCGGCGCAUCUCGAGGAAAUGAUCACAUGGUGUCAAUCCCAGAAGCUGGAGAAGGAGAAACGUCUUUUAACUUUCCUGCUGUUAAAGUGCCAACGGCUGAAAUGCCAAGAGGCAGCAGGUUACAACGUCCAGAGGAGGUUGCGGACCUUCAGACAGGAAGCCUGCUGGGCUUCAUCUCCUCAGGGGUCAGUGCCAAGAGCCUGUCGGUCUUCUGCUCGCCUGAGAACUCGCUUUCAGUCCCUCAGGAGUCGAUUUAAGUUUUCAACACUGAGAACUGGUGUGAAAAAGAAACGGGUGAAGAGGACUGAGUCAUCGGUGUCUGGACUGUCAGGGGACGACCAAAUAGACAGGAGUGCAUGCGAGGCGACAUCCCAGACCGCCAGCUGUGACGGCCUUGAUGACAUAGAUGAUAUAUUUGCCUCUGUAGGUUUGUGACACUUUGGAAUAGACACCUCCAAGGAAACAAAUGACAUAGCUCACUAUAUGACACAUGCAGCUGUUAUGAAAGGAAAGGGGGAAUUCGAUGUGUAGAGAAAACUGAUGAAUGUAUGAAGUGCUAAACAGUAGCAGUCUCUUUAUCGCAGAAAGAGAGGUGUGGAUUUUUUUAAUAGGUAAAAAGGUAGAUUCAACUUGUUUGGUCUAAUAGUGACUGAAUAAUAAGGUAUUUAAAUAUUUUGAAUGGAGAAACUUCAGAGCAGGCAAAUCAUCCAAAAACAUCUGCCGCUCCUGUCGAUUGUCUUUUGUCUCUGAAGGACCAGAGUGUUGAAUGCUUUCGUCACAGAUAAAACCUUCAUAGCAGUCGUUUCAAUUGAAAUAUUUUGAAGCGUGUCUGCUGCAACAAAUGUGAACACAAAUAUUCAAAGGUUGCGCUUGAAAUCCUUCGACUGUAAAAUCCCAUAAGCAAGAAGGUUGAUUUUCCUUCUUUUUGUUUUCUUUUUUUUUUUUUAACACUGCAUAUACGCUGUGCAAAGAAGUAGCUUUUUUUCUUCUUGUCACAUUUAUACAAUGUCAAUAAAAAUGCUAAUCUUUGAGACACCAUUAACUAUACCACAACUAAUCCACAUUUGUGAGGUGUACAUUGCAAAUGUAACUGAUUCAAAGAGAAAUACCAGAGUCUGACCUGAAUCGUUAUUUAAACUUUUAUAGAUGUAUCUGUGGACUGUGGAAGUUCUUUAUGAUACAAUGUAAUGGACUUGGGUUGUACCUGAGCACUGAAGCCACCGUUUAUUGGUACUAAACACCAAAUGAGGCUUUAGUCCCUUUCAGACAUGCAUACGGUGAACAGUACUAGAGGAGCUGUUAAGUGCACAUCUUGUUCCACCCUCUGAAGACAACACUGCAGUAUAAUAACACGCAUGUCUUAUGCCCAACACAAUAAAACCAGUUUAAUGAA